GCAAAUCAACACGCCCCAUCGUUUGUGGAAAGAUAGACAAGUCAUUGAACGGCAGAUAGAGGAAGAUUACGGUGACACAGGCAAGCAGGUGACUUUAGACUAAAAGUGAUGUUCCAAUUAUUUCUAACUGAUCUAAUGCCACUGCGUAUUUGACGGCGGCCAUAUUUUCUACUUGAUCGAGCAAGAACAUAACGUCGUUGGCGUAACUUCAGCCGCAGAACGUCAACGAUUCAUCUAGUGCACUUUUACAUGGGACUGUAGAGCCUUGUUCUGGAGAGACACUCCCGUCCACAAGAAAUGAACGCAUCAUAUCUGAGGUCAGUCUACUGGAUGAGAACAUAAAAGAGAUCAUCUACUCUUUCUCAUGUCAACAGCAAUGAAGUAUGCACCUAUACCCUUACAGAGUAUUGAGGGAUUCUAUUCACUGUGUUCAAUAUUCUCAGGAUAUACAGUAGCAGUAGACCAAAAGGCAAGUGGCAAUGUAAACAAGAGAAAGUCUACCAAGAUGUUCCGGUCAGUUCAGCCCACGAGUGUAAUACGUCUUUCACGCAACACAGCUGAGCACACAAGGCCGGGGCAAGACGAUGUAUACACGUGACCCAUCAACGUUAUUGAUGACCUGGAAACUCUUGAUCUCUGGUUAAAGUAAGCAAUUAAAUAUGGAAAACAAAAGUACAACAUCUCCUGAGAGCACUCUAGCUGAGAAUCAGGUUUCAACAAAGCCUUCAGAGGAACAAGACUCUUCAGUUAUUUGGCAUGCAAGCGAAAAGAAUUUGGACAGUCCUGCAGGAAAUUCCGACCUUGCCAGUCCCAGAGAUGAUCUUUGGGAGAAUACUAUUAAUGAAGAUGCCUCAAAAUUAGAAAACGUGUUUGAGACUCCAGCUGAUAAUGCAUUGGGUUUCUUCCCUGCUAUAUCUGCAGAGCUUUUCCCAGGUCCAGAAGAACAAGAUGAGCCUGCCAUUGAUAAAGCUGAAGGUGACAAUGAUGUGCCCAGAACUUCUCAGAGUAUUUUGAAAGUAAGGAAAACAAUCUCAGCCAUUACCAGGCAUGCUAAGGCCAUUAAAAAAGCACCUGUCAUUGCAGAGCACUCUUACACUUUCAAGAAAACUGCCCCAGUUCUACGCAAUCCUCUUCUACAAAAUUCUGAAAGUGCAAAAAAUGAAGUUAAGAGUAUGCAGAAAUAUUCUAUCAGUGUUGAACAGUAUCCUGGACACAAGAAAGAUCUGGCUCUAGAGAGAACUGACCUUGGCUGGUUUAAGCAUGCAUGCAAUCUAAAGUGGUCUCCAAACCCAACUGGUUGUAGUUCUGUAGUGCCAGUAAAACUGAGAAAAUCUAUCAGGGCAGCAAGAGUAAUAUCCACAGAUGACUGGAUAAUUGUGGAGCAGGCUUUGAAGGAUAGGAGAGAACAUGAGAUGGCUGUUGAACUAGGAUAUGAAACUUUAGUUGGAAACCUUCUUUAUAUUGAAAUACCACAUGGGACAGACAUUAAUAGAAGUUGGCAGAAUUAUCUUAGUGAGGAUACCAUGGAGUGGGGUUUCCCUUAUUACAAGGGUACCACAGAAAGACCCAGAAUGAGGCAGCCAGAGCCUUACCUAGCCCAUCAGGUGGUAGAAAAGUUGUGGAAGGCUCCAAAGGCAACAAGAAGACGAGGCAAUUCUGUUGAGGACUUGUAUAGUAACUGAAGAUUUAUAGCCUUUUCUGCUUAAUAUAUUGGAAAUAAGAGUUUUAUUUGGACACAUUUCAGUAAUUAUCCUUGGCAGAACCUUUACAACAGUCUGUUGCAUGUUACAGGCUCAAGAUUGGUACAUCAUAAUCUGAAAUCAAAGCAAAUACCUCAUCAUCAACUUAAGGACAAGUGCAUGUAUUUCCUACACAUCUUCUUUGCUAUUA